AUGAACGGCGACAAGGGCCCAGCACCACACAUCGACAACCGGCCACCAGCGCCCAUCCACCAGCUCGUGGCGCCCAUCCACCACGAUCACCAACCGACAAUGAGCGCUCACCCUCUACUUCGCGAGCGCCCACGACCACUGCCCACCAUCCUCGAACAGAAACGAGGGCCGAGCACCCCGUCAACGAAGGCCCAAAUCGCUGUCAAGAAACGGCGACGAGCGCCCACCCACUGUGAACGCCCUCCACCACCAUCAUCAACAUAUGACAACAAGCGCUUACGACCACGAUGGAUCAAUGGUGACGGGAUGAUGACGACGACUAACAUUGUCGUCGUCCUUUCAUAUUGUAUAUGGACCCAAUGA